AUGGUUGCGGGGAUGAUCUCAAACGGCCGAAGACGUCAGAUCAAGAUAACCAGGCUGAUCACUACCCUAAAACAAGGUUGCAAAAGUCUCCUCCAUAGGGGUGAUCGAGGAUGGACCCCUGCACCGGUUUCAAUCAAGGCGAACGGAGACGAGCUGCGCGGUAGGCCCUUUGACCCAGGGAAGCACAGCCCACCCGAGACGGAAAAGGGGCAUGCAGCCGAUGGCCUCGAGAUUGAUCGGGCUCGGCUGAGGUGGACCGAACCAGCCCAGGCGGCUGAGGAUCCAUGGGCGAAACUGCGGACCUCGUGGCAGGAGGAGUCCGAUAGUGGGGCGUCAUUCCCGUUGGGUAGGAAGUUUCUCGAGCUGUCUUUCGUCAACUUACCGAGAGAGCCCAUUGUUGGAGCUGCAGGAUGCCGAUCAUCAGAAUUACCACUCCGUAGUGGCGUUAACUUCUUCAUGACUCUCUAUGCCCUCACCGCCCACACAAGAGAAAAACAAAAGGUUGAUAAGCAAAGAUUUUAUGCACAGUCGCAUAUUGGCCUUUUUGUGGUUAGCGUGGCUUCUAGAAGGCAGAUGAUCCAUGGUGAUGCAGCAGUCAUCUGCACAGCGUCAACGCAUGCGCUCGUUUGGGUGAUGUAUCCGAUGUCGUCUGAUCCCAGGGUCAUUCGUGGACCGUGUGACUGUCUGGGUGUGUGA